AGGCUAAAUUUAAGUAGUAGUCCAUAAAAUAAUUUACCAGGCAAUUUAACUGUGGAUAAGAAGAGAAGGCCAGUCUGGCAACCCUUCGACAAUGGUUUCUCAAAGAUUUCAUAGCCUCGUUUACAGAUUUCCCGCCAGCCUAAACAAAAAUGGCUGCCGUGCAGGAACAUUGAUAAACACUUGAACGGGCAAAGGCCCUUGCACUUCAGGUUUUAGAAAUAAAAUAAAGGUAGUUUUGAGCAAUGGCAUUCGAUGAGAAAGUACCAGACCCAUUAUUUGUUAUUCGAACUGGUUUGAAUGGAAUAGCUUGUCUGUCAGAGGGAUUUACGUCAUGGCAAGAUCUCGAUAGUGAUGACUUCGUUUUUUCUGGGUCAAGUAGUGGCAUUGUUAAUCUAUGGAAUAUGAAAACAAGAAGAUCGAUUUUAACUAUUGAUACAAAAGCAAGCAGUGCCAUCUUGAAAGUCAUCAAUCUUGAGAACAAGAGGAUAUUAAGUCAUGAUAGAAAUGGCAUCAUCACAGUUUGGAAUUUGAAUGACCUGGAACCCACUGCUGAGGAGACCUUUGCUAUUUAUCAGUUUGGAUUCUGUCCAGUUAGUGUUGUUCAUGAAGAUGAAAGUAUUCUGGUGUGCUACCAAUCGAAUUCUGACUCACAGCUGGACAUCAUUGAUUGGAAGGAUAAAAGAAUUGUUAAGCAAUUGAAACCGGAUAAAAAAGUAGGAAUGGUAAUGCAAGCGAAGCUCUUCAAAGAGAAGAGAAGAGAUAUAUUGUUAGCUCUAAUUGGUUAUGAAAAUGGCAGCGUUGCUCUUUGGAAUGCAUCCUCUGGAGAUAUCCUUACAGAUCUGAAAGUACAUAAUGAUGCAGUUAUGUGUCUGGAUGUAGACAGUGAUUUCUCAAAGGUAGCAGUGGGAUCGGUUGAUAACCGGCUCGUUCAAGUAGCACUUCCAGCAACUUCAGGCGAAUCUCUUAAAGAAGUCAGGUCAGCUGACAUAAAUAGCAAUGGCAUUUCUUGCUUGAAGGUGCGUCCAGACAACAAAAUAUUAGCAGCUGGAUGCUGGGACGGAAAGAUACGACUUUUUGGUUGGAAAAAGCUAAAGCCCUUGGCAGUUUUGAAAUAUCACGUGGAAACUGUAAACUGCAUAAUGUUUACAUUGCAUAAUGAUAUGGUUUGUGGAAGUAAAGAUGGAAAAAUUAGUGUCUGGCAUAUUUACUAAAGUGCGUGUCAUCAUAAUUCGAAUUAACUGUCAGUUGAAGCCAUUUGCUUCGUUUUGGCCAGAUCCAGAUGAUUCUGCUGUUGAUUCCUUUACCUUCAAUUGGUCAUUGUUUAAUCUCUAUGCUUUUCCACGUGUUGCUGUUAUUCCUAAAGUCUUACAGAAAAUAGAAUUUGAUCAAGCAACAGGCCUUGUUAUUAUCCCUGUGUGGCCAUAUAGUUCUUGGUAUUCUCAAUAUAAUAGACUUUUGGUAUCAGAAUAUAUCAUUAUUCCACGCAUCAAGAACCUGUUCAUGUUGCCAAGCCGAUCAGAGGCAAAAGAUAUCAUAAACUGAUCUUGGACAUUAGGCACUUGAAGACAAUAUCCUGUGUAUAUUAUUAAUGGUUUGUUUAUUGCACAAGGAAUUAUUUGUGUCCAACAAUAUAGUCAAUAGAAUAAAAUUCCUGACCGAGUUAUUUCAUAAAGAUAUCUUGGGAUAUUCA